AUCAUGGAGGACUCAAAAAACGGUGAAGUAAAUAAAGCCUUUUCCGUUGAAGAGGCAAUUGAAAAUGGCUUCGAAACACAUAAGACUGAAUUCCAAAUGGACGAUACUAGUGAUAUAGAUAAAUCCAGUAAAUCAAUGCGUAUCGUUAAAACUAGUUUAAUAUGGUUGGUCCACAUUUUAGUGGGAUCAUAUUUUGGUUAUGCCACACAUUACUAUAUUCGAGAAUAUAACAAUCAUCAUUGUGAUUGGGCCUGGGAACCCGAUGCAAUAUAUUGUCCUAUGCGAUUCUGUAGUGGCUAUGGAUUUCUGAUAUUGUUUCUUGGCUUCACCUAUUUCGGUUUAAUCUAUUAUUAUAUUUUUAAGCCGAAAUUGGGACGGACACUGCAUCGUCAGUAUUUGGUACCAUUGGAUCGAUGGUGGAUGGUAUUCAGUAGAAGGAGAGUAAUAUCGGCAAUUCUAAUUGGCAUUUUGUUGGUAGCAUUGGCUAUUUUCUUGUAUUUCGAAACGAAAGAUGAACCCCAGAAACUGACUUCAUUGGUGGCACCCUGUUUCUUUAUACUCUGUGGUUAUGUGUUCUCAACCGAUCGUUCGGCCAUUAAAUGGCGUGUCGUUAUAACCGGCAUCACAUGUCAAUUUAUAUUGGGUAUUAUUUGUAUACGCUGGAGUGUUGGACGCAGUAUUUUCGAAUGUGUUGGCAAUAAAACAGCCACUUUCCUGGCAUUUGCCGAUGAGGGUAGCCGCUUCGUUUAUGGCGAUAAUAUUGUCAAUCAGGGCGUCUUCGCCUUUGCCAUUUUAUCGGUCAUCUAUUUCUUCAGUUUUGUUAUAUCCAUUCU